AUGUGCUGGCACUCGGGUGGCUUCCACUUUUAAUCUUUCUCAGCCACCUCAAUUUUCUUACCCACAUACUCCUACAAAACAAUGCUCCUAAUUAACAUCUGCAGACUGCAGUAAAUUCAACUUUUAAUACUACAACUUACUCAUGACCAUGUCUGAAUCGUGACUGUGUCCAGCUAGCACCAUACUUUGAACCACUUCCACUAAAGUUCCUUAACUAGUUGUUUCUUUUGGUUUUGCCUGCUUGCGUUGAACCUUCCCUCCUCAAAUUUAAACCAUUACCUCAUCCCCUCCCCCCCUAUAUAUACCCCGAGUAAUCCUUCUACUGAACUCAUCAAAACAAAUCUUCUAUCUUCGAGUAUUCGACAUAUAUAGCCAACACGAAAACACGUAUAGUCUGAGUGACAAUUUAUUUUUAUCGAUAGAUAUAAUGGCAGCGGGUAUGAAUAAUUUUUUCUGUGUUAUUUUUUGUUGUUUAGUGGUAUUUUCGGCAGCUGCCUUAGCUGCGAGUAAUUUGAACCAAGAGGUGGACGUGACAUGGGGAGAUGGACGUGGAAAAAUUCUUAAUAAUGGCGAGCUUCUCACGCUCUCUCUCGAUCAGACCUCUGGUUCGGGGUUUCAGUCCAAAAAUGAGUACUUAUUCGGCAAGAUUGAUAUGCAGCUGAAGCUUGUUCAGGGUAACUCAGCUGGCACAGUCACAGCUUACUAUUUGUCGUCGCAAGGAACUACCCACGACGAAAUAGACUUCGAAUUCCUUGGAAACUUGAGUGGUGAUCCGUACAUCCUCCACACCAACGUGUUCAGCCAAGGCAAAGGAAACAGAGAGCAACAAUUCUACCUCUGGUUUGAUCCAACUGCUGAUUUCCAUACUUAUUCGAUCCUCUGGAACCCCCAGCGUAUCAUAUUUUCAGUUGACGGAACGCCCAUCAGAGAAUUCAAGAACGCUGAGUCGGUUGGUGUAGCAUACCCAAAGAACCAACCCAUGAGGAUUUACUCUAGCCUGUGGAAUGCCGACGAUUGGGCAACAAGGGGAGGGCUGGUCAAGACCGACUGGACCAAAGCUCCUUUCACUGCCUCGUAUCGGAAUUUUAACGCGAACGCUUGCAUUUCAUCGUCGUCCUCCCCCUCAUCAUCGCCUUGUAGUUCGACUUCCCAAGGGGAUAAUGCAUGGCUAACAGAAGAACUAGACGCCACCAGACAAGAGAGGCUGAAAUGGGCGCAGAAGAACUAUAUGAUUUACAAUUACUGCGCCGAUUCGAAGCGUUUCCCACAAGGCUUCCCUAAGGAAUGUGCUCUCAACGCGUAGUCGGCUCGACAUAGAAAAAGCAUUUCUUCAGUGUUUCUACAUAUACGUGCAUAGCAAGAUUACUUCUUUGUGUUUCUUGUGUAAUUUUUUGGUGAUAAAAAUUCUUUAUUUGUACUUUUUACAUGCCUAAUAAAAGAUGCAGUACUUAGUUUGUCUA